AUGAAAGUGUUCAACUCGUUACUUACUCAGGGUCUCUUGCUCUUUUGGCUAUGCUUCUACGUCUCUGCUCUGAGUAACGAAACUCGUGACUACAGCCUUACCACAUGUGGAGAAACAUGCCUCGACCAGGCUGUCGCCGAGGUAGGCUGCAGCUCUUCGGCAACAGCCUGCCGAUGUCAAUACCAGACCAUGGUCAUAGCAAGCAGCUGUUCGGAUGCGAACUGCACCAUGGCUGACACACUCACUCAAGCUAGUGUCUGCGAUGUGCCUUCCGAGAACUCAUCCACAGCAUCCAUAGUGGGCGGUAUUGUGAGCGCCAUCUUCUUGUCUGUGCUAACAGUCGUUCGACUUGCGGGAAAACGCGCGGUCCGGAACUGGGGCCUGGACGACUUGAUCAUGGCCAUCAGCUUCGUCCUUGCUCUUAUUGUGAUCGGGCUCUCCAUUUACAUGUCAUAUCGUGGCAUGGGCAGACACAUGUGGGAUCUGCAAGACGGUCAAGUGCUUGAGGUCCUCGAGAGCCUCUUUAUAGCUACGGCUAUUUACCCUAUUCUUCUAGCUUUGGUCAAGAUAUCUAUCGUCCUCCUUUACCUUGGCAUCUUCCCAUCCAAGGGGUUUCAGAUCGCGGCAUGGGCGGUUGUGGGCUUUAUCGCCGUCUCUGGUCUGGCGAUGGAUCUCUUCGCCGUGCUCACCUGCAGCCCAAUAGAGCAUGCAUGGAACAAAGACAUUAAGCCGGGCCGUUGCAUCUCUGAAAUUCUUCCAAGCGGAAUGGGUGCGGCCGUGGGCGUGAUCCAGGAUGUGGCCGUUGUUGUUCUUCCGGCCAUUCAAGUCCGCAAACUGCAAAUGAAGAAGAGACAGAAGGUCCUUGUGAUGGGUCUGUUCUGUUUGGGAGCUUUUGGCUGUCUCGCUGCUGUCGCCCGCCUCGUUUCCGUCAUAGAGAAUCGCCGUAUCAUCGAUCCUACGUGGCAGUACGCAAGUAUGGGCGCUUGGUCUGGGAUUGAGCUCGUGAUCGUUUACACGGGCGCCUGCUUGCCACUCAUGCGAGGGUUCCUCGGCCUCGUGUGGCCAAAGAAGUUCGGGCCGAGCAUGCAGGAGCGGCGCACGGCUGGCCAACCAGUCGACCACUCAGGGGCUUCCACUCAUCCAGGUCUGACCCAUGAGAUGAAUCAGCUGCAAGAGCCGCCAUCAUCUCACCAACCGGGCAGAAACGACUGGGAUCAGGAGUCCUCUGAUACAAUCGAUGAAGCGGCUCAGACUUCUCACGAUUAUUUAUCACGAUCAGCAUGA